CGAGAAUGUGCGCGCAGAUCGCCUCGGCCGGCAGCUCAGCACCGCAUGGCGCACCGCCGCUGCUUAGGGCUGGCAGCCGGCGACUACCCGGGUGGGUGGUACCUUUGCGCCGGCUGCGUGUUGGCGGCGGCAGGCAUUGGGGCGGAGGCUGCCGAGGGCUACGUGAGCGGACUCGCCAAACGAUGGGUAGUGCAGGCAGGCAGCGCGGUGGCGGCCCGGUCUGCGGCCACCUAUGAGGCGGGGCGCCAGCGGUUCCUGAGGUUCUGCGUCGUUGUUCUGCGCCUGAGCGAGCAGGAUGCUUCCCCUCGGGCCCGGG